GAUCCUUCAUUGCACAAGUUGGCCGGCGGGCGCAAGAAGACAGUGUCCUUCAGUAGCAUACCCUCAGAGAAGAAGGUGAGCAGCGCGUCCGACUGCCUGGCCUUCAUGCAGGGGGGCUGUGAGCUGAAGAAGGUGCGUCCCAACUCCCGGAUCUACAGUCGUUUCUACACCCUGGACCAGGACCUCAGCUGCCUGCGCUGGGAGCCCUCUAAGAAGGAUGGGGAGCGUGCCCGCCUGGACAUGGUCACUAUCAGAGAGGUUAGGACAGGGAAGAGCACUGAGACCUUCCUGCAUAACGGACCUGCUGCAGAACACCUGGCUGAGGAGGCAGCCUUCUCUAUUAUCCACGGGGAUGACUACCAGUCUCUGGACCUGGUGGCUCUUUCAGCUGACGUGGCCAACAUCUGGGUGACAGGGCUCCGUUACCUGGUGUCCCACCCCUCUGCCAUCGGGCAUGGAGGGGGGCAGGCGGGGAGGAGGUCUGGGAGGAGGGAGCAUCAUAGGGGAGGGUAG